CGUGUACAAGAUCUUUAUUGUAGCGAGCCUGUACGCCCUGCCUCAGCAAACAGUGCCGAGAAGUCUCUCUUUCGGCUCCUUGUUGGAGAUGCUGCGGGAUUCCGUUGCCAAUCCUUGUGAAUCUAUGAAAAACAUACUUGGACUCUCCUAUGAGCAAAUACAGGCACGACAAAAUACCACGGGAAUACUGGAAGCCCUUAAUCUCGAUGAAGUAACAGCGAAUGGCAACGUUAAGUACAAUCUGACACCGCACAGAAUAAACAGAGUGGUUAAAGGCGCGGAGACAAUAGUAAUAUUGAUCCAUGGAUUCUUGGAAAGUUCGGAUGGUUCCAUGGUAAGCGCUGUUGGGCCUACGCUAUUGAAAAAGCCGAGAUAUAAAAUCCUCGCAUUAGACGGGAGCAAAGUGAUCGGCAUCGAGUACCUAAGAUCAUCUACAUACGCCAGGUUUAGCGGCGAAAAGUUGGGAUCCUUCUUGGCUGACAUGAUCAAUGAUGGUCAAGAUCCUGCAAGUAUAGUGUUGGUGGGCCACAGUCUAGGAAGUCACAUAGCAGGAGUGGCUGGGAAGCAAGUGAAGCGGUUGACAGGCCGUCAGAUUGGUCGCAUAACCGCUCUUGAUCCAGCGGGACCUUGUUUCGGCGGCAGUGUCGACGGAAGAAUAGACCGAGGAGAUGCUGACUACGUCGAAGUCAUUCAUACCAACGGCGGCGCUUUAGGCUUCAAAGAGCCCAUUGGUGACAGAGACUUUUAUCCGAACGGAGGAAGAGGACAGCCUGGCUGUGCUCUCGCCACCUGCGACCACAGUCGAGCCUGGCUGUACUACGCAGAAGCUAUCGCCGAGCCGCAUAAUUUCCCAGGUCGCAGAUGUGACAGUUGGGAGAAAUUCAAAGAAGGAGGGUGCUCACGUAACGCUGUGGCAUACAUGGGAAUGAGUUUUGUAAGCCUGACGACUACAACGAAUCAGACUAUCAUCCCUGGAACCUAUUUCUUUAGAACGGCAAGAGACACACCUUUCGGUUUGGGUUUACAGGGUAUAAAACCUUGAUUCUAUUUGAAAUAGCUAAAGGUACAACAAAAGUGGUUCAUAAUUAAUUUAUAUAAACAUAGCUAAUUUCAAAACUGUCGUUACGUUAUACGAAACGGGAAAUUACACGAACACCAGCCAAUUUUGUGUCAAA